AAGCAAAGGGGGUGCAGCACUAAGCAAAAUGUAAAGGUAAACACAGCAACAGCAGCAAAAGCAGCAACAACAACAACAUCUUCAUGAACCGUUCCACACAUGUCUGGGGCACCCCGCCGCCUUUAUACGUUUGUUUUUUUCCCGCUGGGUCGUUCGUCCUUGUUUGUUUACCUUUUGCCCUAUACGGAGUUUUUCUCAUGCAGAUGCACUCCAUCGAAGUGUCAGAUUCGGAGGCCUGAAGCACGCAGAGGAACCCCGACAGCAUUGUCAAAGGCGGUUAUUAGCCGGACACAGACCGGUGCUGCUGGGGUGCUACUUGGUGCAAAAUAAAGGCAGCAGGCGGGGCACGUGGAAUGGGUUUUUGCGUAGCGUUUGGCAGUUUAUGCAGGUUGGCAAGCAAGUUUCUCACAAUAUCGUAGACUCUACGUGUUC